GAUUACUCAUCGUCGCACGAACAGGGAAGCCAACAGUCGGAAGAUAUUCUCCGCUUUCGGGUGUUUCCGGAGAGCGCAUCACGGCCAUGGCGACCAACUUUCCGCCCGUUUCGGCGCUGAUGAAACCGAUUCAGCACUAUCUCAAGACGGCCCAGGAGCACGAUGGUCGCGACCCGAUCGUGGCCUACUGGUGUCGUCUGUACGCCCUGCAGAUGGGGCUGAAAAUUGCGAACCAGGGAGUGAACGAGCGGAAGCUGCUGCUGGCGAUUAUGGACUGGCUGGAGACUACCAAAACACAAAUGUCGGACAACGAAUCGGUUACGAACGAGGUGGCUGCCCAGGCGUAUCUGGAGAACUACGCCCUCAAGCUGUUUCUGUACGCCGACAAGCAGGACCGGGCCAGCAAUUUCGGCAAGAACGUGGUCAAAGCGUUUUACACCGCGGGCAUGAUUUACGACGUGUGUCAGAUAUUCGGCGAACUGACGGAGGAGGUCACACAGAAUCGCAAGUACGCCAAGUGGAAAGCAUCGUACAUUCACAACUGUCUCAAGAACGGGGAAACUCCCGUUCCGGGUCCGAUGCCCGCGGAAGAGGAUAAGGAGCUGGACAACGAACUGGAGGCCCUCGGUGGUGGUGACCCAGAGGCACCGAAUGCAGAUAAUCAACCCGGACCCAGCCAUGCUCCACCGCAAGCCCCGCCGAACGUACCAUCGCAACCCACACCACCGACUAUCCCAUCAUCCUACGCCACCACCGAUCCAUUCAGCAAUGUCAAAGCUCCGACACCUCCGAGCGAACCGGAAAAGUCACCCGGAGGCUUUCAAGCGUACACCGGACCGGGUCCCGCUACCGGUGGCCCGGUAAACCCGGCCGGUGUUCAGCUCCGACCGGAGCAGCUCGCCAAGGCGCAAAAAUACUGUCGCUGGGCCGAAAGUGCCCUAAACUACGAGGAUUUGAAAACGUCGAUCGAUAAUCUCCAGAAAGCGCUCCGUUUGCUGCAAACCGGCCAGGAUGGUUAGCCUCGAAAUGAAUGAUUUUUGGUUACAUCUUAGUCCCUUAUAAUCCCGCUUGCGUGGACACAACCGCGCGACGCUUUGGCUGCACCCAUCUUUGUGUUUAACCUGUCUAGAACUGUACAAUAAACGUACCUGCUUCGAGA